AUGGCCACCCGCGAGCUCUACGGUGGCGCCAUCACCGCCUCGAUCCCGGCCUCCUUCCUCGACGCUUCUGAUCUGCGACAAGUGCCCGACACCCAAGAGGUCUUUCUCGCGCCCGACUCGGACCUGAGCCUCAUCGUCGAGGUGCUCGAGUUGGUCAAGGACGAGGGCAGCGCAGACGAUCUCGAGGCAGCAGCACGGUUUCUCUUCUCCUCGCUCGCCCACGACAACACCGCCCUCUCCUCCUCCAUCUCGUCCGUGUCCCUCCCUUCAGCCGCACCACGUCCCUCCGGUCCCGGACAACCCGUCGUCCUCGGCCCAACCGUGCUCGCCGGCACGCAGACCGUGUCCAAGUUCAACCGCCCCGACUCGGAGGCCGACACGGUCCUCAUCCAGCAGGCCCUGUGGCGCAUCCCGGCGCGCAACGCCGACGUGACGCUGUGCGUCAACUGGCCCGUGCGCAUGGGCGAGACGGGCGAGGAGCGCGGCGACGACGAGGCGAGAAAGGUCUUUGACGAGGCCGUGCGCUCGUUCGAGGUCAAGGACUUUGGGCUCUUUGCCGGCGGCGACGCGGCGUAGCGGGGUGCAACGAGGCGACGAUGCCGCUC